GAGAGCUUGGAGACUAACAAAGAGCUGAGGGAUACAAGGCAGGAGACAGAAACAUGGAUUACCAAAGUGGAUUAUAUUUUCUCAACAUUCUGACUGUUGUCUUUAGCAUAAAUGAUAUUUUCUAUACUGUACGCCUGGAGACAGUGUCAUUUGAAAAUGCUCAGAAAUCCUGUAAGGAAGAAGAUGGUUUUUUGACUAACAUGUCAAACCAAAGUGAAAUUUCAAAUAUUCUGACAGCCAUCAGGGAUAAAGGAAAUCAAACGUUUGAUACUUUCUGGAUUGGCCUGAAAAAAGAGAAGGGGGUAUGCGUUCAAAGCAGUAAUCCACUGAAAGGUUUCUACUGGACAAUAGAUAACAGCACUACAUUUAUGGCUAAUAAGUGGAAGGAAGACCCUAAAUCUACUUGCACAAAUGUUCUAUGUGGAAAAAUCUCAGUGGAGUACAGAGACACCAACAUCAGAUGGGGGUUAACUGCUAGUCACUGCAAGCAGAAACAUCCCUUUAUUUGUAAACAUGAUGGACAGAAUGACCUAAAACUAUGCACUAAACCGCUGAUCCAGGGAAGUCAUGACAUCAUUAAAAAAAAUAAUGAUCCGCACACACUUCAGAUAACUUGUAAUAGGAACACUUUCACACUAACCUGUUCGAGGAGCUCUCAAAAUUGGAAGCUGGUAGGAGGAACAGAGACAGACAUAUCAAAAAUCUGCUUAGAAUGUCAUUCGGGUUACAGAAAAAAUAUGAAUGGAAAUUGUGAGGACAUCAAUGAGUGUGAACAACACCAGAUAUGUGAACACGACUGCAUAAAUACAGUGGGUUCAUAUGAGUGUGUAUGUCGGAAUGACCUGUGCAGAACAACAGGAAUAAUGUCCUCUUUUCCUUCACCUGCUCCAACCACCAAUUCAGUGGCGCACAACCAACCUCCAAUAACAAAAUGGACCAGUAACAGCACAGCUGGGAGUGACAUUCACUCUGAGGGAAACACAGAAGGUCUGUCCAACAUCCUCGUCCCUGUGAUUGUGGCUUUGCUGAUCCUUGUGGUGCUUAUUGUGCUCCUUGCAGCCAUAGCAAGAUGCUUCCACGUAAGACGCUCUAAAGAACUGCGAAAAAGAAGGGCAAAAACCUCUAAAGAAGCAGUGGCUCUAAACGGAUCGGACUCUGUGGAAAAGGUGAACGAGAAGGAGGCAACCUAAGGGGUGUUGGAGAGAUCAAUCACAGGCAUAGAUUAUUCUGAAAGAACUGAGUGGCUCAGUGACAGUGACAUUUGCUGGGGAUUGUUAUGUAUAUAAGCUUUCCAUGUAUAUAAGCUUUUUUUUACUGUACACUGCUUGCCUUUUAAAUGCUGCUCUGAAGUCAUGCUUUUUUACAAUCUAAAUCAAGGUGCUGAUACUGUUUGCAUGCAUUAUAUAAAGAUUAUAUCCAGAGGGUUCAAUAUUCUUUAAAAAUGCUUGAAUUUUUAAGGAUUUUUCAGAUCUGCAAACAUAAGAGAUUUAUGUACUUUAUAUCAACAUUCAUUUUUCAGUUUGGAAACUCUCAGGUCUUCGCCAAAGACUACAAAAAACUUAUAUGACAAAUGGCAGUAUAAUGGCUUUUUAAAAGGAUGUAGUGUGAGACUGAAAAUGUAAAACUGCCACAAAGCAUGUCAAGUACAUGCCUUACAUCUGUGUCAUGCUCUUAUAUAAAGAACAACAAUAAGAAGUGAUUUCGAAGAGAAAAAUAUGUGAUUGGAUGCCUGAAAUAAAAUGCAAACAUUUACAGUUUUUUGCUUAAGUCAAACAAAAUUAAGAAGUGCAUAAU